AUGACUCCACCCAUCGGAGGCCCCCUUUCUAAUAAGAUCAGUCAGCAGGCUGGUUAUUUGGUGACAUGCUCUGGAGCGUUUAAGGAGGGAUCUUUGAGGAUUAUCCGGAAUGGCAUUGGAAUCCAUGAGCACGCUAGCAUCGACCUGCCUGGAAUUAAAGGUCUGUGGCCUCUUCGCUCUGAGUCCAGCAGAGACACUGAUGACAUGCUCGUUCUGUCUUUUGUGGGUCAGACCAGAGUACUGAUGUUGAGCGGUGAAGAGGUGGAGGAGACGGAGCUACCUGGGUUUGUGGAUAACCAGCAGACGUUCUUCUGUGGAAAUGUGGCACACCAGCAGCUCAUACAGAUCACGUCAGUGUCAGUGCGUUUGGUGACUCAGGACAGUAAGUCUCUAGUGAGCGAGUGGAAGGAGCCGCAGAGCAGAAACAUCAGCGUUGCGUCCUGUAACAGCACACAGGUGGUGAUCGCUGUUGGCCGAGUGCUGUAUUACCUUCAGAUACUGACAGGAGAACUCAAACAGAUCUGUUGUACUGAGAUGGAGCAUGAGGUGGCGUGUCUAGACAUUACUCCUCUGGGUGACUGCGCAGGCGAGUCUAGCAUCUGCGCAGUCGGGCUCUGGACAGACAUCUCGGCUCGUCUGCUCAAGUUACCCUGCUUCAGCAUCCUGCAUAAAGAGAUGCUGGGAGGAGAGAUCAUUCCUCGUUCAAUCCUCAUGACUACUUUUGAGGGCACUCAUUAUCUGCUGUGUGCUCUGGGAGACGGAGCACUCUUCUAUUUCGGACUGGACAUUCAAACAGGUGUUUUAAGUGAACGUAAGAAGGUGACUCUGGGCACUCAGCCGACAGUUCUGCGCACGUUUCGCUCGCUCUCCACAUCAAACGUGUUCGCCUGCUCAGACCGACCCACUGUCAUCUACUCCAGCAACCACAAACUGGUGUUCUCUAAUGUUAACCUCAAGGAAGUGAACUACAUGUGCCCACUCAACUCUGAGGGAUACCCUGACAGGGUGGCUGCAUAUAGUGCCUGUAAGACGGGCUGGUACUUGCUCAGCAGCGGGCCGGCUCAAAUUACCCAGCGUCCCACCGGUGUUCCAUAUGGCCAGUCCACCCCUGCACUGCAGGAACAGAUUGAUGACAGUGAUGUGUGCGCUAUAUCAAUGAUCUGUCAGGACUGA